AUGAACGACCCAUUCGUAUCCUGCCCAUAUGACAUCUCUCAUCGUGUACCAAGAUCGCGUAUCCAAGCUCACAUUGUGAAAUGCGAGAAGAAAGAAUCUCUUAACAUUUGCCCGUAUAACGCUACCCAUAGGCUACCGGAACCAGAAAUGAAACACCAUGUCAUGAAUUGUCCAUCAAAGAGCGCCAUUUUCCCUGAAGAUAUUAAUCGGAAGACCACAGUAAUGCUGCACACACCAAAACCUAUAUUACAGAAAGAUUACUUACCAGAAACAGACCCUCAUCAUGAAAUAUGGGAUGAUUAA